GGACGGAUUCCAUCCCAUCCCAGCUUCUCGAACCUUCCUUCCGCUCACGACCCGAGCCCCCGUCCCGGUCCCGGGCAGCCGCCGCCCUUCCCUUCCCUUCCCUUCCGAGUCCCUUCUCCCACCGUCGCAAGCCACCUCCCUCCCUUCCUUCCUGAGGCCUGACCGCGAUUUGGGCGUGCCAUCCAAAGGCGGUCAAGAUUCGAGAGGCCGGAGGAACCAAGCGUAGGGCCUCCGACUCCACGUCAUCGUCCGCGCGCGCCGCCCGCCGGCGCAGGGAGGCGCCACCGCCUCCGCCGCCGCGGCCCAGGGAGAUGGGGGCCGAUUACUACAAGGUCCUCGGCGUCGACCGCGGCGCCGGCGACGACGACCUCAAGAAGGCCUAUCGGAAGCUCGCCAUGCGAUGGCACCCCGACAAGAACUCCACCAACAAGAAGGAGGCGGAAACCAAGUUCAAGGAGAUCUCUGUGGCAUACGAGGUCCUUAGCGAUCCCAAGAAACGGGCAAUUUAUGAUCAGCUAGGGGAAGAAGGGCUCAAGGGUCAGCCACCCCCAGGAGCAGGAGGAGGUCCUGGCUCAUUUCCCUUCUUCCCUGGCGGGGCUCAUUCCACCGCUCACCAUUUUAAUCCCAGGAGCGCGGACGAUAUAUUUAAAGAGUUCUUUGGAUUCCCUGGCAUGGGUGGCAUGAGGGCGGAACCAGGAUUCCAGAGGUCAAUGUUUGGCAACGAUAUCUUCUCUUCACGCUUUGGCUCUGAGGGUUCCACCAGUAUGCAGCAGCCAUCGCGCAAGCCACCUGCAAUUGAGAAUAGACUUCCAGUCAGCCUUGCAGAUCUGUACAAGGGUGUGACAAAAAAGAUGAAAAUCUCAAGAGAGACUAUAGAUGCCAGUGGGAGAAUCUCAAAUGCAGAGGAUAUUCUGACAAUAGAAGUAAAGCCUGGUUGGAAGAAGGGAACAAAGAUUACAUUUCCUGACAAGGGAAAUGAAGCUCCAAAUAUGAAACCUGCUGAUAUUGUUUUCAUCAUUGAUGAGAAGCCCCAUGAUGUUUUUACUCGGGAUGGGAAUGAUCUUGUCAUGACUGAGAAAAUCUCACUGGUGGAGGCACUGACUGGCUAUACUGCACGUGUCACUACGCUUGACGGGCGGAGCCUAUCAUUACCUAUCAACUCAAUAAUCCAUCCGAACUAUGAAGAGGUAGUCCCUAGAGAGGGCAUGCCAAUACCCAAGGAUCCCACUAAGAAGGGAAAUCUGCGGAUUAAGUUCAACAUACUGUUCCCGUCUAGGCUGACUUCUGAUCAGAAGGCUGGGAUCAAGAGGCUAUUGGGUUCUUAGGCCGCCUCAAAUGACAUUUUAUGAUGAAAGUUAUUGUGAAUAUUGCCAGUAAUUGGCUAGGUAGAUUUUUAUUUGUCUGGGGCAAGCAGAAUCUAUACGUAUCUGUAACGGAUGGUCAUAAUGUGUCAGUUUUUAUCCCAUUAUUAUUUACUGAAUGUUUUCCUUGGGUAGUUUAUGAAUUGUUGAACGGAUGUAUUAUUCGUCAGGCAACCAAUUGAGCUGAGUACCUCUA